AUGGAAAUUAUCUUAAUUAUCUUAAUUUCCCGAGGAAAUCAGCGAGAACUUGCCCGCCAGAAAAACAUGAAGAAAUCCCAGGAAAUUAGCAAGGGAAAAAGAAAAGAGGAUAGCUUGACCACCUCUCAGAGAAAGCAGAGGGACUCUGAGAUAAUGCAACAAAAGCAGAAGGCAGCUAAUGAGAAGAAGUCUAUGCAGACGAGAGAAAACUCGUCUCUCUCUCGAGAGAGAAGACUUUUGAAAUUCACCUAUCAAAAUACUCAUGUAAGGAAAAAAUUAUGA